GCGAUAUAUUCUCAACUUUUUUAGAAGAAUUCCAUUUCACAGAGUCUUUGGAUUUAGCAGACACAUGGAUUUCGAACAAGAAACGCCGAUCUUGCAAAACGGCGCCGUCAAGAGUUCGCUGAUCGGUCGGACGGCUCACAACAUGUCGUCGUCAUCGCUGCGGAGAAAGUCCGAUUUGACCCUCGUUUCCAAGGUUCGUUUCGGUUGUCUUAGGCUGUUGCUUGUGAAUCUUCAAGAGGUCAUUUUGGGAACGAAGAUUUGGUUUCUUUUUCCGGCGAUUCCGUUGGCUGUGUUGGCCGACUCUCUUGGCUUCGGAAGAGCGUGGGUUUUCGUUCUGAGCUUAUUGGGGCUUGCUCCACUUGCGGAACGCCUGAGCUUUCUGACGGAACAAAUCUCAUAUUUCACCGGCCCCACAAUUGGUGGCUUAUUAAAUGCGACAUGUGGCAAUGCGACGGAGCUAAUUAUAGCAAUAUUUGCACUUAGCAAGGACAAAAUCGAGUUGGUGAAGUACUCUCUUUUGGGAUCGGUUCUAUCAAACCUUCUGGUCGUUCUUGGAACCUCGCUUUUCAUUGGUGGCAUCGUCAACCUUAAAAGACAACAAACCUAUGACCAAAGACAAGCUGAGGUGAACUCACACAUGUUGUUGUUGGCGCUUUUAUGUCAUUUGCUUCCAAUGUUGUUCCCUUAUGUCAGAGGGUCUACUGAUGUGGUUGUAGCUGACGCACUGCGAUUGUCUAGAGCAAGUAGUAUAGUAAUGUUGGUGGCUUACGUAGCUUACUUGAUCUUUCAACUAUGGACUCACCGUGGAUUUUUUGAACCAGAUAAGGAACUAGAUGUAUACAACGACGACGUUGUGCAAGAAGCACCAACGAUUGGAAUAUGGAGCACAGUGGCUUGGUUGGUAGGCGUUACUGUUCUCAUUGCUUUGUUGUCGGAGUACGUGGUGGCUACAAUUGAGGACGCUUCGAAAAGUUGGGGGCUAUCGGUUACGUUCCUUAGCAUGAUAUUACUACCACUGGUUGGAAAUGCAGCCGAGCACGCAGGAGCUCUCAUAUUUGCUUAUAAGAACAAGUUGGAUAUAACUUUAGGUGUUGCUUUAGGAUCUGCAACUCAAAUAGCAAUGUUUGUGGUUCCUUUAUGCGUAAUUGUCGGUUGGAUUAUGGGAAUUAAUAUGGAUCUUAAUUUUAAUGUUCUUGAAACUUCCUCCCUUGCUCUUUCAAUAAUGGCUUCGUCAUCCAUUUUACAGGAUGGAAAUUCUCAUUACAUGAAGGGAUUGAUUCUCAUCCUCUUCUAUAUUAUCAUUGCAAUAUGUUUCUUCUUCACAAAUGAUGAGGUUACUAUCGUCCAUUCCCAAUUAUCGAGAGUUCAACUGAAUUAGAUGCUAUGGUUGUCCAUGCCGUGAACGACGAGUGUUCGCUCUUGAUCCAUGUGGACAAGGGACUCAACUAACGCUUGAAAUAAGUCUUAUUUUUAUAUUUUAGAAUAUUUUAUUCUCAACAAUUUAAUCUUAUAUUAUUGUAUAAUAUUAAAUUUCAAGAUAAAAAAAUAAAUAUUAUCGGGUACAGUAAUUCGAGUUCGAUGUUUAGUUUUGUUUA